AUGGAUGACCAGCAGCUCGAUGUAAAAUUAUUGGGUCGCGUAGCCAUAUCUGGCUCCGUUCUCCUCCAACUCCCUUCCGCCUCUCUCCCCAGAUGUUCAACGCCUCCUCCGCCGCCCGCCCCCAAUGCCUCUCUCGCCAUUUCCGACGGCCGCAACGAUGCCUUGGCCCAAGUCGAGAUCGCCAUCUUGGCCUCUAUCUUCCUGCUGGCCACCCUGAGCAACGGGCUGGUCCUGGGGGCACUCUCCCGCCGCCACAACCGGGCCCUGCCCAUGCACCGCUUCAUCCACCACCUCUGCCUGGCCGACCUGACCGUGGCCCUUUUCCAGGUGCUGCCGCAGCUCAUCUGGGACAUCACCGACCGCUUCCAGGGCCCGGACGUCCUGUGUCGCGCCGUCACCUACCUGCAAGUGGUGGGCAUGUUCGCCUCGUCCUACGUCAUCGUGGCCAUGACUUACGACCGCUACCGGGCCAUAUGUCGGCCCAUGGUGGCUUUCCGGAAGGGCCCGGCCUGUUGGUACCGGACGGUGUUGGUGGCCUGGGCCUCUUCCUUCCUCCUCGGCCUACCCCAGCUCUUCAUCUUCUCCAAAAGGCAGCUACCGAGCGGAGCCCACGAAUGCUGGGCUCAGUUCAUCCAGCCAUGGGGGCCCCGGGCCUAUGUCACGUGGGUGUCCCUGAUCGUCUUUGUCCUCCCCACGUGCUUCAUCGCCGCCUGCCAGGGCAUGAUCUUCCGAGAAGUCCACCGCAGCCUGCGUCUAGGGCCGGAGGGGGCUCUAGGGAGCCGCAGCCGCCGCCAAGGGGCCUCUCCCAUUUCCGGGGCCGUCACCAAGACUCUGAGGAUGACGCUGGUCAUCGUGCUGACCUACGUGAUCUGCUGGGCUCCCUUUUUCCUCGUCCAGCUGUGGUCGGUUUGGGAUCCGCAGGCGCCCAUUGACAGCACGGCCUUUACCCUCCUGAUGCUCCUCGCCAGCCUCAACAGCUGCACCAACCCCUGGGUUUACGCCGCCUUCAGCAGCAGCAUCUCGAGCGAGCUCUGUCGGAUCUUCUGCCCCAGGCUGGCUCGCCGGCGGUUCGGCUCCCUCUAUGAGGACUCCAGUUUGACCGCCAGCUCCUCACUGGGACGGGAUCCUCUUUCCUGAGUCUCCCA